ACAUGUAAUUCAGCGACCACAUUGGUGGAUUUAAAGAACAUAAAUAAUGUUUUAUUUAACAUAGAGGAAUAUUAGAUAAUAAUGUAAUCUCCUGCAUGUGUCUCUGUUAUUGCAAACAUGUGCAGUUAGCCAAAAACUGCAGCAAUCUGGAAACCUGCAGAGCUAAAAAAAAAUAAAAAAACGUUUCUCCUGGGUCUGCGUUGCGGGGAUUUGAGGUUUCAUCGCCCGGAGAGAGGACACUAUUCCCGGGUGUUGGGACUACCAUGAGUCCUGGAGGAUGUCCGCAUGUCAGUAGCUUCAAAGUGGACAACUGGAAGCAGAAUCUGAGGGUGAUCUAUCGGUGCUUCGUGUGGAGCGGGUCAGCUGAGACCAGAAAACGCAAGGCCAAGUCGUGUAUCUGCCACAUGUGCGGCGCCCACCUCAACCGACUGCACUCCUGCCUCUACUGCGUGUUCUUCGCCUGCUUCGCCAAAAAACACAUCCACGAACAUGCCAAGAGCAAAAGGCACAACCUAGCCAUUGACCUGCUGUACGGAGGGAUUUACUGCUUCAUGUGCCAAGACUACAUCUAUGACAAAGACAUGGAACAGAUUGCCAAAGAGGAGCAGAGGAAAGCCUGGAAGAUGCAAGGGAUCGGGGAGAAGUACUCGACGUGGGAGCCCACCAAGAGGGAGCUGGAGCUGCUCCGCCACAACCCCAAGAGGAGGAGAAUCACCUCCAACUGCACUAUUGGCCUGAGAGGGCUGAUCAACCUGGGCAACACGUGCUUCAUGAACUGCAUCGUGCAGGCGCUGACUCACACUCCUCUGCUCAGAGACUUCUUCCUGUCCGACAGACACAAAUGUGAAAUGCAGAGCAACUCCUGCUUGGUGUGUGAGAUGUCGCAGCUCUUCCAGGAGUUCUACUCAGGCCACCGGUCUCCUCACAUCCCGUUCCGUCUCCUCCACCUGGUCUGGACUCACGCUCGUCACCUGGCAGGAUACGAGCAGCAGGACGCCCACGAGUUCCUCAUUGCCGCGCUGGACGUCCUGCACAGACACUGCAAAGACGACAACGGGAAGAAAGCCAACAACCCGAACCACUGUAACUGCAUCAUCGAUCAGAUCUUCACGGGGGGGCUGCAGUCUGACGUCACCUGCCAAGUGUGCCACGGCGUCUCCACCACCAUCGACCCGUUCUGGGACAUCAGUCUGGAUCUGCCCGGCUCCUCCUCCCCCUUCUGGCCUCUCAGCCCCGGGGGGGACGGGGCGGCGCUGAACGGAGAGAAGAACCACGCCUCGGGGGCCACGACGCUCACAGACUGUCUGCGCAGGUUCACUCGGCCGGAGCACCUCGGCAGCGGCGCCAAAAUCAAGUGCAGCGGUUGCCAUAGUUACCAGGAGUCGACCAAACAGCUGACCAUGAAGAAACUUCCCAUCGUCGCCUGCUUCCACCUCAAAAGGUUUGAGCACUCGGCCAAACUGCGGAGGAAGAUCACGACGUACGUCUCCUUCCCUCUGGAGCUGGACAUGACGCCCUUCAUGGCCUCCAGUAAAGAGAGCCGGAUGAACGGGCAGUACCAGCAGACAGUGGACCCCUUCAACAACGACAACAAGUACAGUCUGUUUGCAGUGGUGAACCACCAGGGGACGCUAGAGAGCGGCCAUUACACCACCUUCAUCCGGCAGCACAAGGACCAGUGGUUCAAAUGUGACGACGCCAUCAUCACCAAGGCCAGCAUCAGGGACGUGCUGGACAGCGAGGGGUACCUCUUGUUUUAUCACAAACAGUUCCUGGAGUACGAGUAGUUCCCAGCGGAGGAGACGAGAGAGGAUUAGUUUCAUAGUGGAAAGGAGUGAUGAGAGAGAGGCAAGGAAACAAACAGAAACCUGCCUGUAUCACUCUUAUUGGAACAACUACAUAUUAACCUAGUUCAACUGUACGACAUUCAAGAGAAAACACGUGCAAAAACGAACAAAAUGCAAGACGUUUGAACGAGAGAUCGGUAGCGGAUGUUGCAUUAAACAUUGUUCACUUGAAUUUAAGGAUGAAGAAGAAUAGUCUUUACUUGAUUUCAGACAUUAGACGUGUUGCAUCUUUACGUUUCCCUCCUUUUCGUCACAGAAGGGCAGAAGGUUAUUUUAAACCUUAAUUAACCUAGGAGAGGUUUAUUUGAUCACAGAUGCUGUUUCUCACCGUGUAGACGACCAAAUAUAACAAGGGGGGGGAAGUUGUCUUAUUAUGCAUUUUCGUUUCAAAUGCAAAAAUCACCUGAAGAAUGGAAAUAUUAACGUUGUAUAGAGAGAGAGGUAAUUCCAUUGAUCACCCGUGUCGUUGUCUGUAAGAUAGGAAACGUCGUCUAUAACGAAGGAUUUGUUGCAUAGUGAAUUGUAUAUUUUUAUACAUACUGUAAUUUGAAUUGUUUGUUUACGAUUUAGCAUUCUCCCUAAAAGAAAUCUCACAUCUGUGUUACAGUGUGCCGUCAAUCAUGGGUUUUUACACAAAAAAGUGAAAUAGUGCCGAAAUUGUUGUCAUGAAAACUGCUGCUAUGGCGGAUUUUGUUUAUUUUAUAUGUUUCUGUUUUAAUUUGUACGGAGGCCAGUGAGAGAAAAAAUUGUCGGUUGGAAAGAAAAUGAUUUAGCUAGAAUUAUUUUCUAUUUCUAUAUUAACGUAUAUGUUUAAAAAAGCGAUUAAAUUAUUUGUUUUGUCCGUAAGAAGAAGUCGUUUGUUGUUGUGAUACUCACGUCGGCCACACGAGGUAUUUUAUUUUAACAUUCAUUGUAGGGGCAAAGUGUUUGCUGCUCUAAAUAGGAUACAAAAUAUUCAUAAUUUCUUUUCAGGUGAGUUUUAAUUUGUGUUUUUUUGUCAGCAUUUCCAUUUUUUACCUUUUUAAAAAGUCACUUAGAAAAGUUAUCCUGCAAUAUAUAUACUUGUUUUGUCUGGCAAAACUAUUUUCCCCACUUGUUUCAACAGUUUCAAAGUAAAACAACACAUGUAAACAAUCUUAAAAAAACAGCCCUUUUUGUUUUCUCACUUGCCUCUCAGGGCUUCCGUAGUUUUGACUUAAAAAUGUCCCAAUUUGUUUGCCGUACAAAUUCUCCCUUGUUCUGUUGUUGUGAUGGUGUGUAUCAGGAGUUUGAACCUUCAGUGUUAGCCGUGUGUGUGUGUGUGUGUGUGUGUGUGUGUGUGUGUGUGUGUGUGUGUGUGUGUGUGUGUGUGUGUGUGUGUGUGUGUGUGUGUGUGUGUGUGUGUGUGUGUGUGUGUGUGUGUGUGUGAAAGGGGAAAAAAGCUCAUUGUUGGUGUGUUUGUAUAAAAUGUGUUAUUGAGCGUAAAGAGACACAACAAAGUGUGUGUGUGUGUGUGUGUGUUGCUGUUUGUAUGCACGUGUGUCGUGCGUAUGUUCUUAUGUUCGUAUACUGAAUCAGUACUUUGCAUCAGCAUGCCGUCAGAGCUGGGUAUCACAGUUUGAAGGAGUUUUUUUCCACAUGUUGAUGAUGAUGAUGUAUGUAAAAGUAUAUAUAGUUAGUGUGUAAGAGAAGACAAAUGAAGAAGCAUCAAAGUGGAUUCUGAAGUUCUUAAAAUCAGAAAAAAAACGUUUGUUGUUGAGCAGUCUUUCCUCGCACACACACAUGUAACUGCUGCAAGAACUGGACACUCGAAUAAAGAAAAUCUAUAUCUGUACACACUCUCAGCAUCUUAUUUACUGUCCUAUAUGUGUUUGUGUUGAGUUAUUUUACUGCAUUGUCAUAUGUAAUGUAAUAUUACUGAUUAAAUGGUGAUAUCUAACAGGACUGAGUUUUAAAGUGGCUAAAAACACUUACAAAAUAGGAGAAUUUACCAGUUUCACUUCAGUUAUUUCUGGUUUAAUGUUGUCUUAUUGUGGGAAAUCCAACUUCAAGGAGAUUCUGAAUCCUUAUAUGUAAACCAUCACCCAACAAAUACACAGUACUCAUAAUUCACAUGCAUACAUAAUUGUACAUAUUUGUGCCAGUAUUUGCAUGUGUACAUUGCUAAACAACAGAGGAAUCAGUAACACAAGUACUGGACAUAAAAAAAACACAUUCACACAUACAUGUAAAUAUAUCUAAUAUGUAUAUAU